UAUAACUUCCGUAUGAUUGAUCACGUGACUUUGUCCCACCCUGAACACACAAACUUUGUAUCUUGAUUUUCUUGUGUUUUUAUAAAUUUUCAAGAUGAGUCGGACAACAGUGGACCUUUCUCAUGAACAAAUCGAUGAAUUAGUGGCAGCUUUUCAAACGAUGGACAAUGACCAGAGUGGUUACAUCGAAGCAUCAGAAUUACAGUCUGCCUUAGAACUGGUUGGAAUGAAACUGCCUGGGUAUGAAGUACGAGACCUUAUCAAUCAGUACGACUCAAAAAUUAAAGAUGGCAAACUUGAUAUUGAUGAAUUCCAGAACUUAUAUGCCAAGUUACGAAGAGAAAAAGAUUUUGGAAUUAAAUACAAGAAACAAGUAGUUACAAGAAAAGACAUUGAAACACAUGGUGGGACUUCCCAUGCUUCUGUGGAAGGCACAACACAUACUGUGAAGAAAGCAGAAACAACAGCUUUUGCAGAAUGGAUUAAUAGAAAUUUGAAAGAGGAUCCUGACUGUAAAAAUCUCUUACCAAUAGACCCAGAGACAGAUGAUUUAUAUAAAUGUGUCAGAAAUGGUAUUUUAAUAUGUAAAUUGAUCAACUGCUCAGUCCCAGACACCAUAGACGAAAGAACAAUCAACAAAGAUGAAAAAAUAAGUGUAUACAAAAUGCACGAGAACCAUGUGUUAGCUUUAAACUCUGCUAGUUCUAUAGGAUGUAAUAUUGUCAAUAUUGGUGCCCAAGAUUUGAUGGAUGGCAAACAACAUUUGGUUCUUGGUCUCUUGUGGCAAGUCAUCAAGAUUGGUUUGUUGAGUGAUAUUAACUUGAUGAACCAUCCAGGACUUGUGUUGCUGUUGGAAGAAGGCGAAGAACAGGCUGAUCUUCUCAAAUUGUCCCCAGAACAAAUCCUCAUCCGAUGGGUCAACUAUCAUCUCAGAAAUGCUGGCAUUAGCAGACAGAUUCAAAACUUUGGUGGAGAUAUCAAGGAUUCAGAGGCAUACAGUCAUUUGUUGAACCAGAUUUCACCAAAAGACAGUGGAGUAACCUUAGCUCCAAUGAAUGAAAAUGAUGAUACCAUGAGAGCUGAGGCCAUGCUGUGCGAGGCUGACAAGAUUGGAUGUCGUAGUUUUGUUGGACCUAAAGAUGUUGUUACUGGCAAUGUUAAAUUGAAUCUGGCUUUUGUUGCUAACUUGUUCAACACAUAUCCUGCUCUAGUGCCUCCAGAAGAUAUUGAAUUUGUUGAAAUUGAAGAAACAAGAGAAGAGAAAACAUACAGAAACUGGAUGAACAGUAUGGGUGUGAAUCCAUUCGUAUCAUACCUGUACAAUGACCUUAAAGAUGGCCAUGUCAUUUUCCAACUUUAUGACCAUAUCAAACCAGGAUGUGUUGACUGGAACAAAGUUGUCAAGAAAUUCAACAAGAUGAGAGUUAAUUUUGAAAAAUUAGAGAAUUGCAACUAUGCAGUAGAGUUAGGGAAACAAUGCAAGUUUUCAUUGGUUGGAAUUGGUGGUCAAGACAUUCUUGAGGGAAAUGAAACACUAACAUUAGCUUUGGUAUGGCAGUUAAUGAGAGGAUAUACAUUAUCACUGUUAACCAAGAUAUCUGGAAGUGAUUCACCAAUCAAUGACAAGGCUAUUACAGAAUGGGCCAAUGGAAAGUUGAAGGAAGGUGGAAAGAAAACAUCAUUACGCUCAUUCCAAGAUUCAUCUCUCAAUGACAGCAGAGCCAUAUUAGAUUUAAUUGACUGCAUCAAAAGAAAUAUGGUCAACUUUGAUUUAGUUAAAGAUUGUUCUAAUGAAGAGGAACGACUGUCAAAUGCUAAAUAUGCCAUUUCUAUGGCAAGGAAAAUUGGUGCAAAAGUGUAUGCACUUCCUGAGGACAUUGUUGAAGUUAAACCAAAAAUGGUGAUGACAAUUUUUGCAUGUCUGAUGUUAAAGGACUUGCAGGUGAACAAGCAGCAAGAAGAUUGAAGACCCUCAUCUGAUCAAACUUUUAUGCUAAUUUAAUUCAUUAAUAACACAUGAUAUCAGUAUUUUAAUCAUUUGUCGAGGAUGUGAGUGAGGAUGAACUGUGGGAUGGGAUGGUCAAAUCAAACUGCUUAGCUUCUGCUAAAUUUAUUCACAUGAACUUUUGACAGACAGGGAUAGCAUUUAUCUUAUGUUUAAAGAAGGGAAGUAACAAAAUCAAGCUUUAUUAUGAAUAUACCGAUUCUGCUUAAAAUUUAGAAUUAUAAAAAAUUAAUUUAAAACUGGUUAAGUUUAUUUAGAUAAUGAUACUUUUGAUACAUGUAAACUAACAUUUGACUGUAAAUUUUUAAAACAAAUAUUUAAAAAAGUUUCCAUUUAUACCUGAUUUUAUAGCUGUGUCUAACUGUGCACUUUUUAUUGUAUAUACAGUGGAGCUUAUUGAUAUAACUGUACUGAUAAACAUGGGUAAAAAUCAUGGGAAACUAUAAUUGGGUUUUUCUUAGAAUAUUAAUACAAUUUUCAAAAAAAAAGAAGUUUUAAUUCUUUAAAGGAAAAUGUAUUGUUCGUUUGAAUAUAUUUUAACGAGAAAUGUUCUUGUGUCAUUAAGCUAGAUCUCUUUCAAAAAUGAAAUCUUUUUGUAUCAUCAUGCUAGAAUUUAUCAUAGAAUGAAGCUAGAAAAUUUUGCCAUAUUAGACUAGAAUCAAGGACUAUAUUGAUAGUGAAUUUAAAUAUGAUAUUCAGUAUAGCUUGCAGGAUUAGAUUUUAGUGAAAAAUUAGUAUUGUUUACCUGAUAUGACAUUGGGUUUAACAUUGGUUCUUAUAUAGAAUGGGAGGAGAGGAUUACAUUUAGAGUUAUCUCCCCUUAAUCAUGUCUUGUCAGGUCAACAAUAACAAAUUUUAAUGUAUAGUUUUCCAAAUGUGAUAAUUGAACAAUCAUGACUAGAUUUUUACAUUAGUGUAUUCAAGUGGAAUGUGAAAAAAAGAAAUAAGAAAUUUCCUUACUUUUGUAUAUGUGGCCAUGCUACGGUAACUUUCAAUUAUUUUAAAACAGAACAUUCUUAAUUGAAACAUUUAACUUUUACAUAUAAGAUUAUACACAUUCCUGAACAACCUGCCACAUCAGCAUGAUAAUUAUAUGUACAAUUUGUAUCAAAUUGAUACAUGUAUGAGUUAGCUAAUGGUAUAAGGUUUGGACCUAUUUCUACAUUCAUGACAUUGCUUGGGAAUGGACCUUGUUAAUAAUUUUCAAGUUGCUCAUUUUUACCAGAAGAAAAGUAUGGUUUGAUUGGUACCUAUCAUUUUGUAUCACUUAAAAGGAAAAGAGAUAGUUUGCUUGCAGAGCAUGUUUUAGUAAGAUGUGACUAGCCUGUCCAAUAAAUCUUGUACAUUUUGACCCCGACAAUUUUGAAAUCAAGGUUAACCAAAAACCAAUGCAUUCCUAACAUAAGUUUUGGAAUAUUGUUUUAUUUUAAGUUUUUAACUAUGUAUGAUAAAGGGACCAUUUAUAUACAUGUAUUAGUUAAAUGUAUGCAUAACCAAGUGAUAUUUAAAAAAUGAUCAAAUAGGUAUGUUGAUGGCUGCUUCAUUGUAACAUACAUGGUAUCUACGAAAGAAUUGUUCUUAAAAGGAAAAGGAAAUUUCAAAUCCUUAAAACAUUAUUUUACCUGGAAGGAGAAAGUUUUGCAAUCUCUUUGUUCCUGAGCAGGUUCUCAUGUGUGUUUGAAUGAAAUGGCUUUUUCAAUGUCUUCCAAGUGCUAUGUUUAAAUCACUUGUUAAGCUGGACCAAUUGAAUUUUAAAGGGACCAUAUAUGCAUGUUUUCAGUUUUAUAGCCAAAAUAUGAAAGCAAUUUACAGGAAAUGUUAUGUCUCAUCUUAAGCUGUGUGAAAGUUAUAAAAGUCAUCUGUGAUAGCUACAAGUUUGUUUUAUAGGUCAUUCCAAUCACAUUCAAUAUAAUCUGAUUUUGGCAUGGCUCUAUAAUGUCUCUGAAAAUAUCUAAAUUUAUCACAUUUUACCAUAAGCUGUUUAUGCUUUGUAAAUAUAACCAACAAAAAUGUAAAUGCAAUAUAAUUUAAGUUUUUUCUGUACAAUUAUAUUCCAUAGAAAUGGCAAUAAUUUUUUGUUUUGUUGAAACAGAAAUUAUUAUUUGGAUGCCUAUGCAGGUCAUUAUUUAAAAGCUUGUGCAGAAUGUUUAGAUGCCUGGUAGAAAAAUAUACAACAAUUUUUUAGAGUAAUUUUUGUUUAACAGCUAAUAAAAUUAAUCAAAAUUUCAGUAUGUUUGUUUUGAAGAAAGUAGUCAUUUUGUAAUAUAUAUUAAAAGUUUGUUUAUCUAUCCUACACAAGUCCCCAUUUUUCAAGAAAUCUAACAUAAGAGAUCUCACAAUAAAACACCAAUCUUGGGCUGGUCACUCUUUGAUGUUAAGGCCCAAUAAUUGGCUGGUAGAUAUAAGAAGUGGUGUUUAUAAUGCUGGAAGCAAGAAGUAAUUUUCACAGAGUCUGUUUCAAAUUCUUUCACCCUUACAAGUUUGUCCCGGUUUGCAAAAUCCAUAGAAUCAACCCUAUGGUGUAAUUGUUCACAAGCAUUCUGUUGAAAAGAACUACUUGGUUGCGGUAACUUUGUUUUUAAGUACAACUUCUAUUACGAUGUAUAUAACUUGGAGAAAAUGUAUAUGUGUGAUAUGUAAUAAGUUAUAUCUGGUACAGCAAUAAUAAAUAUAGUUACUGCUUUUUUUUACUUAAUCUUGUCUUACUGAGAAUGAUAUUUUAUAAUUUUAAUGUAGUAUGAAAUAAUAUUACUAAAAUUAAUAUGUAAAAUGAAGAGAUAUGCAGAGUUUAUUUACUUUGUUUACUUUCUCCAAUAAUAAAAAAAAAAAAUUUAAAAAGAUACCGUGAAAUAUUUAAAAGGUCACAAUUAAUUGUGAUAGUAAAUCUAUUUAUAGGCUUUUGUUGGUAUUAUGGUGUAUCUUUUUUUAAUAAUUUAUAUAAAACUGUGGAUUAUUUGUUAAAGGUACACAUUUUUGUGGGUUAGGGAGAACCAGGAAUUUAAGUGUUCAACAAAAUAAAAAUUUCUUAUAGGAAAUAGAUUUUUUAUAAAACCAUGAAUGAAAAAAAACAAGGAAAUGAACUUUCCCCCAAUCCACGAAAAUUAUUACCGGUACCCCAAAAAACUAAUGAAUCCACAGUAACAAGAUUCUUUAUAUAAAAGCAAGAAAACAUGGAGCAUUUUUGGAGCUAGAUUUUUACAAUAUCAGAUUAUAAUAAUUAUUUUUAUCAUUUUUAUAUUAAGUUUACCAUUGUUUCUAUCAUGUCUAUUUUUAUUUAUUCCAUAUAUUUUUUUUUGGAAUGCUAAUUUGUUGAUCCUAUUGACUGUUAUUUGCACAGCAUUUUAUGCAUAUUCUAUAUUAUAUAUAUUUUUGGCUAAUUUUUGAGGAUUUGUAUAUAUGUUUAUGGUGAGAGCUUGAUGCUUAAUAACUUAAUUCCAACAAAUUCUGCUAAAACCUGGUAUAAAUAUAUUUGUAUGAAUGAUAGAUUUCUUAAAUAAACAUAUCAAUACUA